GUAAACAAAAUGCAGAUAAAAAACUCCUGAUCAAAAACAGGCACAGUAAAAGUAAUAUUUACUGAAGAUGUUUCUUAGAAAGUAUUACAAUUCACUCAUUAUAGUCUACAACAGUGGAGAAACAUCUCAAGUUUGUUUUGAAGCAUAAUGGAAGUCUGAGCGUCCUCAUAUUGGAGCAGGAAUGCAUGAGGUGUGGUUUUACAAGGGUUUUAACUCGGCUCUGGGCAGCUGUUAAUGUCCAGUCACCGGCCGCCCAGAACAGCUCAUGUCAGAACACUGCUAGGCUAGCCACGCUAACUCUUCUCAUUUUGAUGGUCGUCCUGCAUAAUGUGACGCGUUCAUUUGUCCAGUCAAGGUGUACUUGGUUAAUUGUAAAUUAUCAAAUUAUAAAACAAUCAGCAGUGCUAAAUAUAUAUAUUAUGUCGCUUUGUGUUGACUGAAGAAUCUGGUUAAAAUAACCAGAUACUUCAAACAAAGGGUUUUGUUGUUUUAAUUUAAUUGUUAUGUUGCUGUAUUAUAAUUUUUGUCCAAGUUCCUUUUCCUUAUAUAUUAUGUUCCCUAUCCAUUAAAAUAGGCAAUAGGGGGUAAAAGACUAUUAAAACGUUAUCCUAUUCCUCAUCAGACCACCAGCGACAGCCGAAGCAGCAAGAGAACUCCCAGCAGCCCCGGCGGCGAGCCACGGCCCACAAGCCACGCCCCCUCUGCCCCGGGAGACGCCUCCGCCUGGCAGGAUGAUGUCAUGCUCAGACGUCGCUCCGCGGGCGAAAGGAAACCGCAAGUGGUGGAGCAGGAGGCCCCGCCCCCCCUCCGGGCCCACCCACAGCUUCAGGUCCAGCUCCAGAAGUUCACCGUGUCUGCCGACAAGACCCUGUCGUGGCUGAAGGAGAAUGUGGGCCUGGCCACACAGGUGUGCUCUGUGGUCGCUCAGGACGGGCUGGAGGCGGCCAGGCGCUGUCAGGAAGCUCUGGAAAAAGAGAUCCUGUCCAAUGGAACCAGGAUAGAGGUGGUCAAGAGGGAGGGGCGGGGCUUGAUCCGGGCCCAGCACCCCGGCAGCGAGAAGAUUGAGACCUUCCUCGGCCAACUGGAGUUCCUGUGGGAGGAGCUGAGGAGGAGGCACCAGAGGAACGCCGGCUUCCUGCAGGCCUCGGAGGAGCUUGGGUUCCGGGUGCUGAAGGCUCUGCAGGGGCUGAGCGGUCUGGAGGCGUGGCUGGAGGCGGUGGAUUUGACCCUGAGCCACGAGGCCUCCGUGGCCGGGGACCCCCACAGCAUGAGCGUGGCCGAGCGGGAAAGCCGUCUGCUGGAGAGGGAGGUGUCGGCGCGCGGGCUGGAGCUGGACGCGCUCCGCCUGGAGGUGGAGAGGCUGGGGGAGGGCCAGGGUCCCGACCAAGACCACGACCACGACCACGCCCGCGCCCGCGCCCAUGACCUUGACCACGCCCACGACCGCGCCCAUGGGGAGCUGCCGGGACGACUGGCGGCGGUGGAGAGGAAGUACCAACGGGUCCAGAGCGCCCUGACCCAGCAGAGCUCGGAGCUGCAGGACACACGCAUGCUGACCGAGUUCCUGGAGCGUGUGGAGCUGGAGGAGAGCCAGGACCCCAGCCAGUACCGCCUGGCCCAGCCUCUCCACAGUGACAUCACCUCGGACCCCUCUCCGCUGGCCCUCCCAGGCGGCGGGCUGGGCGAGCCCCUGAUAGAGAGCCUGGGCGACCCCGUAGGAGAGCUGCGGGAGGCGGUGGAGAUGCUGAACGACACGGUGAGGCAGCGAGGCCGCACGCAGAGCCACGACCAGGCCGUCCGCUCGCUGCUCAGCAAGCACGCCAGGGUGGCGGUGCGUGUGGAGGAGUGCCUGUGCUGCAGCAAGGAGCUCAACAUGGACGUCCUGGAGAGGGAGACCGACUUGGCCGUCCGGUGUGAACCGGAGAGCUGUGGUCUGGAGGAACUGGAGGAGCAGCAGGACCAGCUGGAGAUCGACUAUGAGGUCAUCCGAGAGGAGGUGGAGGACAUGGGGAGCGAGGCCUCGCGGCUGGAGCAGCUGUGUCCGGAGAGGCUGCAGGUCCCGGGGGGGAGCCGGAUCCAGAACACCCUGCAGGCCUGGAAGGAGCUGGAGAGCAGCAUGGCGGAGAACCGCUCACGACUGCAGGAGUUUAUCCAACUCAAGUACUUCUUCAGGAGCUACCUCGCCAUGAUCUCGUGGACCGAGGACACCCGGGCCUGCAUCUUCUCCGACAGCGCGCUGAGCCUGGGGAGGGACGGGCAGGAGCCGAUCGCCACGGAGCUGGACCGGCAGAUCGAGCAGAAGUUCCAGGAGUUUGACGAGCUGGCGUCCACGGGCGUCAACCUUCUCCGCCGGGAGCACCACCUCACCGAGAUGGUGAAGGAGCGUAUGGAGGAACUGAGGAGCAUGCUGGGGUGGAUCUCGGUCCACUGGAGGGCCCAGAAACAGCAGUGGCUGGACAGGCUGAAGAGAGAGGAGGGCUCCCAGGACAACAUCUACUGUGAGGCCGCAAUGGGCUCCCCACUCACUGAGAGUUCCACUCCAAGACCAGAGGUCUACCAGUGCCUCCGGCCCCUCGGAGCCAGCCCCCGCGAGGACACCCAGACGCCGCGGUCUGACAGCCAACCCGCCUCCCCGGGCAGCAGGCCGGCCCAGCGCCCGGACCCGGGCCAGGAGGACGACUAUGAGGUCAUGACCCGUGUCGGGGGAAGGCCGGGAGGCGAGGCGGCCAAGCCCACCGUCAUGGUCCUCAAGGAGCCCGGCGGGGCUGCCCUGGGGGGCACCGUCAACCUCCUGCUCAGCCUCCGCAGCACGGGGGACAGCCAGGUCCAGGUGCUGGAGCCCCCUGCUGGAGUGGAGGAGGAGUUGCAGGUGGGGGGCUCAGAACCCGUUCACAGGCCUGCUGAGUCCCCCGCCUGUAAAAGCUUUUGGCGACGCUGCCAGGGGCUUUUGGAAAAUACUUUUGGUAGUUUAAAACGAAAGAGAAAGAUAUAUCGGCAGAGUGCGGACGAGGUGAGCACCUACCUGCACGUGAAGGACAGCGGCAUCGCCCUGACGCCCGUCUACGAGAGCAUCACCCUGCCCCGCCUCAAGACCUACGCCUCCAGCCAGGUGGCCACGCCCUCCUGCUCCACCGCCGCCCCCUACUCCUCCUCCUCCACCUCCUCCACCUCCUCCUCGACGUCCUCCUCCUCGCCGCUCGCCACGCUGGCGCCCGGCGUGUUCUUCCACCCGACGGCCCGCGGCGGCGCCUCCAUGUUCAGCAGCCUGAAGAGGAUGGGCCAGAAGAGGAAGAGGAAGAGGGACGCCCGCCGCCACACCAUCCAGAGGAUCAUGGGGGUGGACGAGCGGGCGGGGGCGGCGCCCCGCUACGGCCGCGAGGGCGUGGCCUACGACACGCACACCUGGCCGCUCAAGGAGGGCCGGAGGAGGAAGCAGAGCGCGGCGAAGAGCCCCGUGAGAGUGGGAGGAAGAGGAAGAGGAGGCGACGGAGGGGGAGAGGAAGACACGGCGUACAUGAAGAACCCCCUGCUGAUGGACAUCGACAGCGAGUGCUCGGGGGAGUACAGCAUCACGCCGUACGCCGUGUGCGGCGGGCCUCAGGUGAGGAGCCACUGCCGCUUCCUCUCCCUGGGCUCCGUGCUGAGCUUCGAGCUGCCCAAGGACAUGAGCGUCAUCCCCAGCAUCCAGGACAUCAUCACCAUCGCUCCGCCCGAGUGCAAGAAGGCGGCCGGGGCCGACCCGGAGCAGCAGCGGCCCCGGUCGUUGAGCUCCUUCAAACACACCCCGCCCACCCCCCACAGCCUCAGAGUGUAUCCCGGGUAUCCCGAAGUCGUCGUCAAGGACACGCCCGACGCGGGGGAGGCCACCCCUCGCCACCCGCACCCCCAUCAACCCCAUCCCCCGUUCCCGGGAGAGGUGGCGGAUCAGACCGUGCCGUGCACUGACCUCCGCGGGACCUCCGGGCCGGGUCUGCAGGAGGACCCGGAGACGGAGUGGGACAAGAUGUCCCAGCUCCAGGUCAGCUCCUCCGCAGACGCAGACGAAGACUACGUCGUCAUGGAGGGGAGCGGGCGUCUCAGGCAGCUCUCGGCGGACGGCGGCCCGCGCGGGGACCCCGCCCGGGGGGACGGCGCCUCGAAUGUGAACGCCGUCCUGGUCGCCGCCGCCGCCGCUGCCGCCGCUCCGUCGGCGAUGCGCGGCCGCCACGAGUGCCUCAGCGUGCACACGCUGAUCCAGGACCUGGACAAGCACCAGUACCACAGGGCCGCCGGGCUCCAGGGGGAGGAGAGGCCGCCGGCUCAGGUCCAGAGCCAGGCCUCCCACAUGGUGGUCAACCUCAAGGCGGCGGUGGGCGUGGGCGGCCUCAACGACUCCCUGGACUCGGGGGUCUCCAGCACGGGCAGCGCCAGGCUGUGCGCGGAGGCCCCGUGCCCGGACGUCGUCCCCCGGCCCCGGGCGGUGGUGAGGAGGCUGGUGUCUCUGGAGCUGGAGGGGCUGGACUGCAAGCUCGCCAGGGUGACCAGUGGUCAGGCGCCCGUCGAGCCGCCGCCGCCGCCGCCGCCGCCGCGCUCCCCCCCCGCUCCGAACGAGGCCGGGGGAGAGCUCGAGGCUGGGGUCGAGGGCGAGGGCCAACCGUUCCGCACGGACCACCGGCAGUUCGAGGAGGAAGAGGAGGAGCUGGAGGACAUCUGGAACCGCACCAGGAGCUACCGGCAGAGUAUCUGCUCCGACAUCAUGUACCAGCCCCACCAGGAGGAGGAAGAGGCCCCCGCGGCCCCCUGCCGCCAGGGGGAACCCCCCCUGGACACGCCCCUGUCGCCCGCCGCCAAGCCCCAGGCCGUCCUCUACAGGAAGCUGGUCACGGCGUCGGCCCCCAACCUCCUGGUGGCCGAGUUCAAGCUGCCCCCGUCCAUCCAGUCCCUGCUGGGGUACGACAGGGAGAAGCCCGCAGGAGAGCGGCUCCCCCUGGUGGCCAAAGGAGAGAGGAGGUCCUGGGCCUGCGAGUCUUCUUCUGCUGUGGUGAACGAGGUGGUGAAGCGUACCGAUGUGGUGGACACUCAGAGAUACGUUUAUCGCUAUGGAGACGAAGAGGAGGAGGUAGAGGUGGAGGAGGAUGCAGAGGUGGCGAAGAAAGGGGAGGAGGAGGAACAGGUGAAGGAGGACACAGCUUGUUUACAGGAGCAGUCCGUGAGCUUACUGUCGGUUCUCAGGAACCCAGAGGGGGCCUCUCGUAUCGGAACCACCCUAAAAAGCUCCGGCGAGAUGGAGAAUCAGGAUCCCAGGAUGGCCACCGGAGGGCGCUGCAGGACAACGAGUGGGAAGGCAGAGCUGCAGUCCAUGGAGGGAACUCUGGAGAGGAAGCAUAAACUCCAGCUAGGGGGGAAGAAAGCGGCGUCCAGAGGCUGGAACUCCCACCACGCCGUCCUGUACAGACACAGCCUGUGCUUCUACCAGGACAGGAAGGAUACGCUGAGGAGUUCCGUGUGCGGGCUGCCACUCAACCUGGUGGGAGCGGAGUGUGAGCCAGUGCCGGAGUACACCAAGAAACCCAACGUCCUCUGUCUGCGGCUGCGCGACGGCUCUGAGUACUUACUGAACGCCUCGUCGCGCUUCAUGAUGAGGAAAUGGAUGCUGAAGAUACAAGCAAACACUGGACCCACUAGCCCCGCCCCCUCAGUGUCGCCCGGCCCUGUCAAUCAAGACCUCCCUGUUUCCUCGAGCCGCUCGCUGUGCCCUGGCUGCCAGGGUACGGACCGAUGCCACUGCUCCUCCCGGCCGGACCUCAUCUCCACCUUCCCCCGGCGCGAGGACCGGUCGCCCCCCCAGGCCAAAGAGAUCGUGGUGCUGACCCGGGAGUACAGCCCCAUGACCCAGGGCGGUCAGAGCACGGAGCAGUCGAGGGCGGUGGCCCCUGCUGAGGCAGAACCCCGUGGCGAUGAUGAUGAUGAUGAUGAUGAUGAUGAUGCUGUGGCCGGCCUGAGGAGUCUUUCUGGGGGCUCUCCAGGGAACAGCCCGCCUUCGUCCUCCCCCCACAGCCCGGGGGCCGCUGAGAAAGGCUGGCUCCAGAACAAAUGCCGCUCCCACUCCUUCACCUCAGCCACUUAUCAGAAGAUCCGUCCGGUGAGGAAGCUUACCCCCGCGGUGGGGGGGGGCGGGGAGCUGGGCUCCAGCUACUCUGUGACUCUGGUGAUAGGCGACCGGUCUUCCGGGGACCAGGGGGGGCCUCCCGCCAGCGGGGGCCCCGAACCCCCCGUGCUGCUGGGCACGGCGGGGUGGACGCACCGGGCCCCCCCCGGGGAGGACGGCGCCCCCUGGAGCUACGCCAGCCUGCCGCGACCGGCGCGCAACAAGUCUGUGUUCAAGAAGAUCUUUGGGAAGAAGGAGGGACAUGUGUGAAGGGGCUCCGGCCGUCACAGCGGCGCCCCCUAGUGGAUUUCUUUAUAUGGGUUUUAUAUUGAUGUUUUUUAAUGUGCAGGGCACAUGUUUGUUUAAGAAGUAACCGGCCUGAGUCGAGUAGUUGCAGAUUAUAUUUAUGUUCAAGAGGGUGGACAAGAGUUGUGUGUUGUUUAAAUCAAGCUUUGUGAAAUCACUUUCGUAAUUUUUGUAUUAUUUUGUGUUCCAAAGUGAAGUCUUACAUUUCUGUUCUAAAUGAAAUAAUGUCCAAUUACAAUUAACUUAAUCAAGGGACCCUUAGACCAUAAUUGUUGAGCUAAUCAACAAUCUCCACAUCCACUUCAGACAAUAGACCAAAAGGAACCAACCAAUCAAGUUGCUUUAAUUUAAUAUACCGGUAUGUUUGAUUUGCCUCUUCUUGGUAACAUAUUGUUUGUAUUGGAAGAUUUUCUUUGAUGCCAAUAUCCUGUUUUAGAUUAAUAGAUAUGCGACACCAUGAUGGGUUAAGUGCAUCCCACUUAAAAGUUUCCUCUUUGGAUUGUGAAUGGAAGAGUUUUGUGUGAGAGAAUAGCUGAAUGACAACAUUUCCCCGGACCCAUCUGUGGUUGUCUGUUGUAUUCCGAAAUGGCUGCAGGCUACUGCUGUGUUUUGGUGUAAACAGUGGCGUACAAACAUAGAAAAGAUACCGCUUGGGUUAAAAGCAGCGUGUAAUAUAAAAGCUGAUCCCUUUUCUGAUGUUUAUCUUAGUUCUUGUUUUUUUUUUUUUUACAUAUACUGAAUGUAUACCACUCAUACUACUUGUGUUGCUGCAGCCUGAUUCACAACCCAAAGUAGUCCAAUAGGACUCUGAUGGGCUUUGCUUCACUACACCGUCGGUUCCAGCAGUUUGAUACUGCGUGUGCUUGUCUAGGGACGAACGCCUCAUUCACAAUGUCAUUUAUAAUAAAACAUUUUUAAACCAAACAA